AGCAUCUAAUCCUUCUUCGUCCGUUUCGGUCGUAUAAAUUGGAAGGAGAUUUUCAAUUUGCAUACACGAAUUCAAUCUGCAAAAUUUACUGAACCCUAUUCUCUUCAGGUCUGAGGAUUGAAAUUUUACUCCUAAAUACACAACAAGGCGCAGGUAGGGAAGGAGAAAGAGAGCUUAAUUUAGGGUUUGGAUGUAUCUCUCUCUUUGAUUAUAAGGAAAGUUUGUUUCUUUAGAGCAUCAAACCAUGAGGACCCGGAAUGGCGGCACCCCAAAACCGGCGCCGGCGAAGAAGACUCCCCCGACUAGGAAAUCCGCCGCUAAGAAUCAAACUCCGCCUCCUGCGCCAUCAACGGUGGUUGAAUCACCUGCUGAGACCAAGCGUGGCUCAACCUCCAGAGGGAAGCAAAAGAAGACUGAGGAGACUACACCUACUCCUGCCCCCAACACCCCAGCUGUCCUAGAAACACCUGAAGCAAAAGUUUCCACUGGAGGUAAAACAACCAAAACCGUGGCAAAGAGAGCAUCGGCGAGGAAGACUCCUGCUUCAAGGGGAGGAAAGAGGGGCCAAAAGGUAGCAGAGCCAGAGGUGUCUAAGGUUGAAGAUGAAGAACUUAUAGAGCAGCAGGAGGAUGAAAAUGUGGAGAUGGAAGAGAAAGAGGAAGCCGUGGAACCGAAAGAUGCAAUGAUUCUUGAAGUGGUAGAAACUGCAAAAUUCUCACCAGAGACGGAAAUAGAAGAUACUAAGACUGUAGAAUGUCAAAAGAAUGACAUUGACGCUUUGGAGAUACCGGCUGAGGAGAUGAAGAUAGGGGAUGUUAGGGUUGAAACUACAGAAACUGUAGACAGAUCACUUGAGGAAAAAAUUGUGGAUAAAGAGAUUGAAGAGUGUCCAAAAGAUGUGAUAUCUCCAAACAAGGGUGAAACAUCUGAUGUAAAUGUCCAUGAAUCUAUUGUAGUGGAAGAAGUUGUUGCUGAAAAUGUCCAAGAAUCUAUUGAAGUGCAGGAAGUUGUUGUUGAAAAUGUCUAUGAAUCUAUUGAAGUGCAGGAAGUUGUUGUUGAAAAUGUCCAUGUAUCUAUUGAAGUGGAAGAAGUUGUUGUUGAAAAUGUCCAUGAAUCUAUUGAAGUGGAGGAAGUUGUUGCUGGAAAUGUCCAUGAAACUAUUGAAGAGGAGAAUAUUGUUGCUGAAAAUGUUCACGAGUCUAUUGAAGGGGAGGAAGUUGUUGCUGAAAAUGUCCACGUAUCUAUUGAAGAGGAGGAAGUUGUUGCUGAAAAUGAAAAUAUUCAUGAAUCUACUGAUGAGCAGGAAGAUGUUCCUAAAAAUGUCCAUGAAUCUGUUGAAGAGGAGGAAGUUUUUGAAAAUGUCCAUGAAUCUAUUGAAAAGGAGGUAGUUGUGGAAAACAUCCAUGAAUCUAUUACAGAGGAGGAAUUUGUUGUUGAAAAUGUUCAUGAAUCUAUUGAAGAGGAGGAAGUUGUUGCUGAAAAUGUCCAUGAAUCUAUUGAAGAGAAGGAAAUCUUUGUUAAAAAUGUCAACAUAAAUGAAGAAGCUGCUAUAGGAAACCCUGAACUUGCAGAAGGUGAACAUCACGACGCAAUGGACGUUGACCAAAGUUGCAAUGAUCAGGUGAUGGCAGGUGAGGAGAAAUCGACAGUUGAGUUAGAUCCUCUAAACUCAUCCAAAGAUGAAGAACCUGAUUCUCAUAUGCAGGAAGUGGAAGAAAAGGAAAAGUUAGAGGAAGAACAAACUAGUGAAAAUAAAAUAUUCAACAAAAAUGAAUCAAUCAGUAUGGUGGACGAUUCCAAGGAGAUGGAAGGUGACUAUGUUGAAGAUCUUGCAAAGGAUUGUCCUGGUGAGGAUAUGUUAGGAAAGAAUCAAGAGGAUCCUGAUGCAAAAAAUAUAGAUACACCAGCAGGAGAUGAUUUGACAGACCAUGCUGAAGAAGCUGAGGAGUGUAUGCAGUUAACCGCCGUGGCUGAAGAGAGAAAAAUUAGGAAAGAACUGGAGAUAUUUGUGGGUGGUUUGGACUGUGAAGCACAUGAGGAUGAUGUGAAAAAAGUUUUUGAGCAGUUAGGAGAGGUAGUUGAUGUACGAUUGCAUAAAAAAGACACUUCAACCGAUAAGAGUAGGGGUUAUGCAUUUGUUAGGUUUGCCACCAAGGAACAAGCUAGUCGAGCUUUAUCAGAACUGAAAAACCCUCUUAUAUGUGGGAAAAAGUGCGAGACUGCACCAUGCAAAGACAAUGACACUCUGUUCUUGGGAAAUAUUUGCAACACAUGGACCAAGGAAGCUAUUAUUCUAAAGAUGAAAGAGUACGGAAUUGAAAGUGUUAUGAACAUAACACUUGUAUCUGAUCCUCGACGUGAAGGUCUUAGUCGUGGUUUUGCUUUCCUCGAGUUUCCUUGCCAUGCUGAAGCUUUAUUAGCAUAUAAAAGACUUCAAAAAUCGGAUGUUGUGUUUGGUCAUGCUGAGAGGACUGCGAAAGUAGCUUUUGCAGAGCCUUUACGUGAGCCUGACCCAGAGGUAUUGGCCCAGGUUAAAUCAGUUUUCUUGGAUGGGGUUCCGCCAGAUUGGGAUGAGGAAAAGGUGCGUGAGCAUUUUAAAAGCUACGGAGAAGUUAUUCGCAUUACACUAUCAAAGAAUAUCUCCACUGCCAAAAGGAAAGAUUUUGGAUUUGUUGAUUACAGUUCUCACGAGGCUGCAGUUGCUUGUGUUGAUGACAUCAAUAACAAGGAAUUGGGUGAUAUGAAGACCAAAGUCAAGGUUAGCCUUUCAAAUCCCAUGCCAAAAACUCAGGCUGUGAAGGGUGGAAUGAGUGGAGGGUUCAAAAUUGAUCGUCCUGGUACCGGAAGUUCUUCCAAGGCUGGUGGAAGAGGAUUUGGACGAGGCGGAUCGUCCAAUAGAUCAAGUUUCCAACGUGGGAGGGGAUUCAAUCCACGUGGCAGAGGACAGUUCGGGAGAACAGGUUUUGCUGCUCAACAACAUGGCAUUGGUGGCCAGCGUCCUCCUUUCCAUGGAAGGCAAAUGUUUGGCCGAGGUGGUGGAUGGAGGGCUCCUUCCCACAUCUCUGGUGGAGGUGGUACUAUACGCCCUAGCUUUGAAGGGUUGACACACAAUGCCACUAAUAGAGGUCGCGAACAUACUUUAGAUAGGCGACCACCAUUUUCUUCAGAAGGCGGGUAUCCUACACCCUAUAGAAGACCUUUUGAAGAACCCCGCUUUUAUGAAGACAAUGCACAUGGGAUGAAAAGGCCUCAUUUCAUGACAGAGCCUGAUUAUAUGGAACCUAACAGAAUCCGUCCUAGAUUUGAUUAUUCAGCUCCGUCAGUAGUUCCAUUUCAAGGGACUAAUCAGAGAGAUACUUUUGGGGCCAGUGGCAGUCGCUCUUCACAGGAUUAUUAUAAUAAUUCUAAUUAUGGUCAAGGUGCAUACCGACCACCUUAUGGUGGAGAGGUCCGGCAACCUUAUGGAGGAGAGGUCCGGCCACCUUAUGGAGGAGAGGUCCAACCGCCUUAUGGAGGAGAGGUCCAACCGCCUUAUGGAGGAGAGGUUCGGCCACAACGUGGGGACUUUCGGCCACCUUAUGUUAAUCCUCGGCCUCCUUUUGGAGAAGGGGGUCGACCAUAUGGAGGCAGAAAUUAUUACUAUUAGUGCUCAGAGGAACCGGUUGAUUUGCGAGAUGACUUAUAUUAUGAACCAUGUAUUGCUGAGAAGGGAAAGCUGAAAUUUUCUAAUCUUCAUUUACUUGCACCUUUUUCAUUUACAUAUUUCAAUAUCAUGCUUCAAACCCUUCCUACUCGUUUGUCUUACUCCAUCCCUUAUUACAUAUGUUGCCGCCCAAUCUUCCUAAGACAUCAAGUUCCAAAAGAUUCUGGGGUUAGGUAAUACCCAAAGAUUCGGGGGUUAGGCAAUACCCAAAGUUCAUAUAGAUAAGAAUAACUUUGAGGAUAACUAUAUUAGGUUUUUUAAGUUAAGUAGCCAUGACAGGCUAUUAGAAAUCUCCCUGUUGCUUGUGGUUUUGGGAUUGGACUACAGAUGUUGGUUAUUAUUUUUCAAGGUUUAGGAUGACAAAACAAUGUUUGGCUCUUAUUUUAAAAUUGACAUAUUUGAGUUGGUUACUA